AUGGCCGCGCCGGAACUUCGAAAGCGGCACGCCAGUCUGACGGAUGACAGCUCGGAUGAGUCGCUCGAUGAGCGUGAAAUGGACCAGAUGGUCGACGAGAUGCACAAGGAGGGCGAGGACAAUGAAAACCAGUCGCGCUGGAGCAAAGUCAAGGCUUGCUGCAAAGAGUGGGGCCAAACCUCGUCCUGCCACGGCGUGCCCCACAUGGCCCAGGCGCAUACGCUGUUUGCCGCGAUUGUGUGGGGUGUCAUCCUAUUCUUUGCGGCCUGCGGGUUCGUCUACCUGUUCUCGUCGACCCUCAUCCAAUAUUUGUCGUUCGGCAAGAUUGUCAUGCUCAAUCUUGGGAUGGAGUCGGCAAACUUUCCGUCGGUCACCUUCUGCAACAUCAACCCCUACAAACUGUCGAAGAUCAAGGGUGUUCAGGAGCUGAACGCACUGCUGACCGUCUACGAAAACGCCGGCACGACGUGGCUAGCCGAGUAUUGGACGGUGAUGAAGCGGUGGGCCCUAUUCCGCGUCCUCAUUUUUGUCAGCUGUUUUGUAAUUGUGGCCGGGGUGCUGUUGAUAUUGUUGGGGUCGAGAUAUAGUGCAUUUGUGUCUGAGGAUCACAUGUCGACCGGGGAGGCCGAUGCUCCGCUCAUCCUCGGCGCCGUCCUCACCGUGCUCGGCAUCGUCGGCUGGGUGGUUGGCGUCUGGAGAGAGGUGCAACACUCUGGCCCCGAUGAAGAGGAGGACAUUAAAACGAUAAGCGAAACUGUA